AUGAAUUUUCAUACUUCAUAUGAUGACAAGGACACGAUAAUUCAUCGUCUCCAAACACACAUAAGCAUUCUUGAACAACAACAAAACUCGAACGGAUAUUUUUCUUACGAAGAAACUCCUUCAUUAAACGAUCAAUUUUCAACUCAUAACGAAUCCCAAGAAAGUGCCGUUGCUCUUGAAAAACUUCUUCAAAAACGUGAAUAUGAAUUAGAACAAUUACGUGAACAAUUCAAUGAACAUCAACAAGAAGCCGAUGAUAAACUCCAGCGGACUGUCGCUCAAUUCAAUAAUCUCGAACAGAAAUUGACCAUCGUUGAAAGUGAUCGCGAUGAUCUCCGUCGUCGAUUACAAAUUCUACAAGAUGAAAAUGAUCUGCUCAAAUCGUAUAUGAAUCGUUUGCCAUCGGAGAUUGAAUAUGAAAAACUUCAACAAUCUCAUCGAAUACUUCAAGAUCAAUUAGAACAAUCGAAUCAAACCGUCACUGAAUAUCGAAAAGAAAAGAAUCAAUUGAAAAAGCAAUUGGUCACAUAUCAACGUCGAAUCGAUGAGCAACAACAGCAAUUUUCAAUCAAAUCUCAGGAAUCUAUGUCCGAUCAAUCAAUAUUUAAUGCCAAGUGUUUAACAAUCGAUGAAAGAAUUGAAACACAAAAGAAAUUCGAAGAAUUGAAUAAGAUAAUUCAGCAAUUGAACGAACAAUUAAACAAGGAAAAAUCCAAUCGAAAACAUGAUCAACAUCUUAACGAGACGAAUGUCCAUACAGUCGAAUCCUUAUCAAUUGAUUUAGCAAAAAAGGAACAAACAAUCAAAGAAAUGACGAAUCUUCUUCGACAGAAUCGUCAAGAACUAAGUGAUUUUCGAGUGCGUUUACUCGUUAAUGAACAAGAUCAAAAACAAUUGAAUGAACGUUUAUUAAACAAUGCACAAUUCUCAAAAGCAUUACAUCGUAUUCAAGAAACAAUGGACAAAUUGUUUCUUGUUCUCGACUUUUCGUCCGAAAUGUUGAACAAUGAUUCAACAUCCAGUCCUGAUGUUUUAAUGCUUCAAUUGUCCAAUCACAAACCGAAGUCAGAUUCAACUGAUCCGUCUGUGGAAACUGUACAAAAAAUAGAUUUGUAUGAACUCGACAAAUUAGAAUCAAAAUUAGAUCAGAUUGUCGAUCGUCUUUUAUCUAUCCGUAGUGAAUUAAUCGCGCGUCAAUUUGAAAAUGAUCUUAGAAAUGCUACUCCAUGUCGUUUACAGUGA